GAGCUCACCCCGCUGCCCCGGCCGUGCUCGCUCGCACGGUGCCGCCGUGACGGCAGCGGCCGGGGACGGGGAAGCGGCCGGCAGCGGCCAUCCCAUGGCACGGCGAGAAGGAAGUGCCGCCCAGGGCCACUCCUCCUCACCAUUUCCUCUCCGGGGCCGCUUUCUGUACGGAUGAGAGUGGGGACAGAGGAGCUGCCGGCCCGUCCGAGGCCGGAGGCUGCGCUCGGCGGGCGAAGGGAAGCGCCGGUGACCGGCCCCGAGGGGACACUGCGGAAAGAAGAUGAUGUGAAUGGGCUCUAAGAACCAGAYGAGAUGGAUGARGAGCUGCCCUGCUCCRAGGUGGAUGGAAAAAGYGUCCUCAGGGAUCUGGGAGUGAAGAUGUCCUGCRUGGAGAGCAAUCCCACAGGAGACACAUGUGGAGCAGAGAAGGAUGCAGGAGAGGUGCCCUGUGCUGAGAUGAGCACAAAGGAAGGGGCUGCUUGUGACCCCAGAAUUGUCUUCACUGAGGGCAGCAUGGAAGGAGAGACGCUGGGUACUGGCAGUGACGGGGAAGGGGAGAUCCCUGGCACUGGGAGCCAUGGGGAAGGGAAGAUUCCUGCCUCUGGCAGUGAUGAGGAAGGGAGGAUUCCUGCCAUUGGCAGUGGUGGGGAAGGAGAGAUUUCCAGAACUGGCAUUGAUGGGAAAGAGGAUAUUCUCAGAACUGACAGUGAUGGGGAAGGGAAGAUUCCUGGCACUGGCAGUGAUGGGAGAGGGGAGAUCCCUGGCAGUGGCAGUGACAGGGAAGAGGACAUUCCCAGCACUGGCAGCAAUUGGGAAGAGGAGAUCCCUGGCACUGGCAGUGGUGGGGAACAGGAGAUUCCUGUCACUGAUAGUGAUGGGGAAGAGGAGAUCCCUGGCACUGGCAGUGAUGAGGAACAGGAGAUUCCCAUCUCCGAUAGCGAUGGGGAAGGGGAAAUGCUCUGUGAUGCAAAAGAAGAGGCGUCUUGCUCCGAGAGUGAUGUGGAGGAAGUGCCAGAUGCUGUAAUCCCUGCUGCUUCCAAGAAAAUAACUUCCAUUUCCUCUCCCCUGCGGGCCAUCGUCCGCCUGCGCCGGCGCUACCAGGGGCUSAAGAAGAGCCGCCUGCACUUAGAGCUCCCUCGGGAGAAACCUGCUGAGUUUGUCCACACCAGGCUGCUCCAAAGGCAGCUGUCCCUGAGCAGAACUGCCCUGUACAACCCUUCCAUGUCMUUCUUUAAUCAGUCUGGCUUUGAGAGCUCCCAGUACUUCACCUUUGACACAUCUGUGGAACAUUACUCGGUGAAAAAGUCCAGGCGGAAAAAAAGCCGAAGGAAAUCCAGGAUGGUCCUCUACCCAGAUAAGACCAAAAAAUACCUCCCAGCAGAGGAGAAAAGCAAGGCCAAGCGCUGCCUCCUCUUGCUCAUCGCCAUCAUCUUCUUCCAGAUUCUCAAUGCCAUAGAGAACCUGGAUGAUAACCUCCAAAAAUACGACCUGGACGGUUUGGAGAAAACCAUGCACCGGGAAGUUUUCGGGCAGAAAGUCGCUGUGGAAAGCAUUGUGGAAUUGCUGAAAGACUACCUGGCCACCCACAUCCACAACAAGCCUCUGGUGAUCUCUCUGAAUGGCCCAGCAGGGGUUGGGAAGAGCCACGUGGGCUGGCUGCUGGCCAAACAUUUCCGUUCCGUCAUGGACAAUGACUUUGUGCUGCAGUACUUUGUGAUGCAUCACUGCCCCAGCGGCGUGGAUCCCCUCACCUGUGAGAUAGACCUGUCCCAGAAGAUUUCUGACAUGGUUACAAGGGCUGAGAUCGAGGAGAAGACCCCACUGUUUAUCCUGGAUGAGGUUGAACUCAUGUCCCCUGUCCUGCUGGACACCCUCAGCCGAUUCUUCGAACCCAAUCAAACCAACGAGUUCCUCAAYGCCAUCUACAUUUUAAUUAGCAACCUGGGAGGUGCUGAAAUCACCAAGUUCGUUAUCCAGAACGCAUCCACUGAGCUCCUGUAUCAGCAGAGGGGAGCUGAGGAGCUGCUGAGCACCAUCCAGCCAGUCCUGGCCAGCGUCCACCCUCUGUGGAAGGCUGCAGACAUCAUCCCCUUCAUUCUCCUGGAGAAGUCUCACGUCAUCAACUGCUUCCUGGAGCAGAUGAGGAGGGAAGGGCUCUACCCCGACCAGAAGCACAUUGAGAAUUUGGCCAAUCAGCUCAGUUACUACACUACAGGGGACAAGCAGUACUCCAGGAUGGGCUGCAAGCAGGUUGUGGCCAAAGUCAACCUCCUGUAGUGAUUUAGUGCAGAGACCGAGCCCUGGGGUUGCAAGGUUCUGUGCUCACGAGGAGUUUGUUACAGCAGGCAGUGCUCAAAGUGCCUUUUCUCAGCCCUGCACUGCCUCUGCCCUGGUCUAGGUAGAGGGAUGGCAGCCUGGUCUGCACUCCUCCAGAGACUUCACUUUUUCAGAUUUUCCUUGAAUAAGGAGUGCAAGGAAGCCUGAGCCAGCUCCUGAUAAUUGCAAGAUACUUUGUUYCUCACAUUCCCAUUUGGGAUUCUUGUCGCUGAGGAGUUGUGAGAUGGCAUCAAAAGCUGCAGCAUACAAACAGGAGGGUGAAACAACCCCUGGGCCCCUGCAGAAAAUGUCACCUCCUGUAUCUCACUCCUUCCAGGCUCACAGUCACCUGUCCUUUGCUGUUCUUGGUCCUGCUGCUGUGUGCAGAGCAGAGACCUGGCACUGGGACAAUUUGUGCCUCCUGCUCCCCAAAACGUGCAGGCAAUCAGAGCUCUGCCUUCUCCAGCUCCUACAUGCCCCCCUCCUCCAGAGAACACUUCUUGGACCUGUUCCUGAGCUGCUGCUCCUCUGAGCUCAUCCCUGACUCACCUUUGGCACCUGCAGUGAGAUUUCUGCCCUGCAGGUGCGUUUUCACUCAACUUAGAGACUGCUCAGCUGCGCCAGAUGGUGCAGAAAUAACCUCAGGAUUGUUUCAGGUCUGCUGGUGGCACCUCAUCCUCAGAGCUCUUCUGCUUUUUGCCCCUUGGGACACRUCACCGUGGUCAGUCAUUAUCUAGAAAGCCCAAAGUAGCAGCUGAUGUGUCUUAAGCAGCACACACUGGAAAAAGGCAGUUUGGGCUGAUGGAGUGGGAAUCCUGGGCUUGUUCCCAGUCUGGAGGCCAAGGAGAGGCUCUUUCCAUGGAGUCCCAGGUGAGAGGUGGCUUGGGAGCAGCUGGGGAAGAGCACAGAGCCAAGCUUUGAGUCUGACCUGCAAACCCAGCAGGUAUUUGGGACAUUGUUCUUUCAGGUUGUGGUUUUGUACAAGGUUUCUAGAAGUUGCUGUGAAUUCCCAGACAAUAAACCCUGUUUGUAGCUGGAUGUUUGCACUGCAGGUUUCAUUCUCCUCUUUCUGAUGUUUGAUCUCCAAAGACUCUGUCACACACUCCUGCUUCCAGAGCUACURUCAGGAAUAAACCCAAACAAUCCUGAAUAAAAUAAUUCAAAGURCAUUUCUUUCAUU